CAGGUGUUUUAGGAAGGCGUCCCCUCUGUUGAUAUGUGUCUGUGCGGUGUGAUUGUGCCUGCGUGAAACUCGUCCAAUAGAGAAGACCAAUCAAGGACGGUGAUUUUUUUUUUUCCCUCUCCUUUUGCCACCGCCCACUCCCGACAGGCUGACAGCCUAGAUUGCUCCCCCGAACUUGCCUGACUUUUCCCUCUCCUCCCACCUAGUCAAACCCCCCCAUUCGCGACGCGGAUGGGACGCCGGAGGCCCCAGCGAGCAUGCGCGACCAUCCCGAGCAUGCCCAGUAGCGCGCGCGGCGCCCCGGAGCUUCUCCCCGGAGCUGCGGCCGACUCGGAGGCUUCCGCGGCUUCUGCGGCAGCGACGGGAAGUGAGGCGGCCGGGCCGGGCGGCCUCGGCGGCAGAAACAGAGGCGGAAGAGUCGCUGCGGCGACGACGUCGUCGACCCGGGUGACCGAGAGUGCUGAGCGCCGAGGGGACUCGCCCGCUCGGAAGCCGGAUCCCGAGCCGGGCAGGAUGGAUCAUCACCAGCCUGGGACUGGUCGCUACCAGGUGCUUCACAAUGAAGAGGAUAAUUCAGAAUCAUCUGCAGUAGAGCAGCCAUCAACUUCAGACCCAGUACCACAGACCAUGCAGGCUGCUUCUUCAGCAUCAGGACUUGAGGCUGACUCUUCUCCUCCACCUUAUAGUAGUAUUACCGUGGAAGUACCUACAACUUCAGAUACAGAAGUUUACAGUGACUUUUAUCCUGUGCCACCUCCCUACAGUGUUGCUACCUCCCUUCCUACGUAUGAUGAAGCUGAGAAGGCCAAAGCUGCUGCCAUAGCAGCCGCAGCAGCAGAAACAUCUCAAAGAAUUCAGGAGGAAGAAUGUCCACCAAGAGAUGACUUCAGUGAUGCAGACCAGCUCAGAGUGGGUAAUGAUGGGAUUUUCAUGCUGGCAUUUUUCAUGGCAUUUAUUUUCAACUGGCUUGGAUUUUGUUUAUCUUUCUGUAUCACCAAUACCAUAGCUGGAAGGUAUGGUGCCAUCUGUGGAUUUGGCCUUUCAUUGAUCAAGUGGAUUCUUAUUGUCAGGUUUUCUGAUUAUUUUACUGGAUAUUUCAAUGGACAAUAUUGGCUUUGGUGGAUAUUUCUUGUACUUGGCCUGCUUCUUUUCUUCAGAGGAUUUGUUAAUUACCUGAAAGUCAGAAACAUGUCUGAAAGUAUGGCAGCUGCUCAUAGAACAAGAUAUUUCUUCUUAUUAUAGAGACUGCAUCGACCAGACAUUCCUUUCUUAUACCAAUGUGAAAUUUCCAGAUCAUCUGUAAAUCUGCAACUUUAAUAGGAUAGAAGACUACUAAAAACGGAAGACAAAUUAGUGAAGAAAAGAUAGAGCUUCAAAAUUGAAUGGCAGAGUGGUUUAUGCUUAAAAGCCAUUUCUGUUCAUUCUCUUAAUAUUUCAUUUGCUUUGCGCAUUUGCAUAUGUGCCCAUUUAAAAGAUUUGCAUAUUCUUGAAAGAAACCAGAAACCGUAAAGUUGUAGCAGUAAAGUUUCGUCAUAUUUGAUUAGUGUUUGAUAUAAUUGAAAGAGUUGAGUGAUAAACAGUCUUCCAGCAUGUAAAUGUCAUUGACUUCUGACCUGACAUUUAGUAUAAUAAAAAUGAAAUGAUUAACCAUGUCAAAUGCUUUAGUUUCUGGCUCUUAGAUUUAUCUAGUAACUCUGCACAUCCUUUGUUAUAUAUAAAAUUUUUUGAAACUUGCAGUGCUGAUUAUUAGAAAGGCUUUGUCAGAUUUUUGAACAUGAUAUUUACAUCAUUAUUUAGCAAAACGUUAUGUAAAUAACCAUGCAUAAAUUACUUUCUGCAUUGUUUUCUUAGAAAUUGUGUCUAGAUAUCUUUUCAUUAAUUUUAAAUUAAGUGGACUUAAUAUAUAUAGAAAAUUUUGCCGUCAAAGAUAGUUUGUUUUAGGACAAAUUUUAAGAAAAAUGUGGGUAUUCCUCAUGUCCUUUGUAAGAAAAUCCUUUUUUUUUUUAAAGGGACAUGCCAGUUUUAGGAAUUCUCAAAUGAGAAGCUUGGUUUUCAGCCAUUGUCCAUCCUAGAUAUUCUUGCAGGCAGAAUUGUAUUAGAUAUUAUAUUUAUUUCAUUUAAGACUUUUUGAAAAUUAAUUUUCUGAAUAAGAUAUUCUCAUUUGCAUUUUGUCUUUUAAAAGGCCAAUAAAAGUAUCUUUCAAUAUCAUUGCAAUAUUUUUCUUCUUUAGAUGUUUAACUUAGGAAAGAAAAACUUGUGCUUUUAAAAGCUUCUUGCUUUAUGAUUGUAGGCUUAAAUUGUAAAAAUCAUUUCCUGAAUUGAGAUAUACAAAAUAUCUGUUUUCAAGUUAUGCAAAUGUGUCUGUGGAAUAUAGGGGUUGUGAGUGUGGUUUGUGAGAGUGUGAGUAUGUAUUGUUACUGCUGGAAUCUGUUUUACAUUCAUAAGCUACUACAUUUUGCAAAUCAUUUUAUGUCUCAUCUGUUUUCUUUUCAGUUAUAUCUUUGCUUUUGAAUGCCAGCAUUAAAAAUGAUGGGAAUUAUAUCAUCUUUUAAACUUAAAAAUCAUUUAAUACAGCUAUAUAGAACUCAUAAAACUGAUUGCUUGUUUAUUAUUAGACACCGACUACUAAAAGGUACAUCUAAAACGAUUCAGGAUCACUUGUUCCAUUUCUGAACACAAAAUUUAUUACGCUUUAUAACUUCUUUUGUAUUUCUCUGUAUUUUCUUAUUUACUUCAUUGUCUUUGAUAAAUAAAACAUGCAGUUUUGUUUUGCUAAUUGAGCCUCCUAUUUUUUUGUUUUCCCACAUUCAUUCUCCUCCCCUGCAUAGAAGUUUUAUUGUUGAUUAAAGUACCCGUAUGACACCCCUUUCAGUAAAACAAUAGCCUGAGGUAAAGAAAAUAAAAUAUUUAAUUUAGUGGCCUGAUUUGGAAAUUAAUUAAAAGUAGAAUUUACUUAUAAGAAAUGUAAACUAGCGCUAGGUCUCUGUUGCAUAUUAAUUUCCUGUGGGCCUAUACUUUGUUCUUUGUAAUAUAUAUAUAUUGCUUUUUAGGGCUACACGUGUGGCAUAUGGAAGUUCCCAAGCUAGGGGGUUGAAUUGGAACUGCAGCCGCCAGCCUGCACCCCAGCUCACAGCAACACCAGAUCCUUAACCCACUAAGGGAGGCCACAGAUCAAACCCACAUCCUCAUGGUUACUAGUCGGGUUCCUUACCACUGAGCCACAACGGGAACUCUCCUUUGUAAUGAUUUCUGAGUGAAAUUAAGCUAUGAUACAUGGUAAGUUAAAAUGACUAAUCAUCUAUCAUCCAUCAAUUUACUAAAAUUUUAUUUUUGUUUUUGUGGUGUUUAUAUUUGGUUUCUGCAUGUGAAUGUGUUGACCCAGUGUCAAAACUUCACUUUUUAUUUUGAUUUUUUUUCCCCCAAAGUUGUAAGAUUCAAGUGUGCGUGUUGCAUAAUCCUUUAUAAUUGGUACAGUUCAUUGGUAGUCUUAAACCUCAUCAUCCAAUCAGGGAUUUCAGAAUAUUAUGUUAAGAAAGUGAACGUUCUCCUUUGCAUUUAUCAAAUCCUCCGUACAGUUCCUGUGUGCUUGGAUGGAUGGAAUAGCUGCUGUUGUAUUUUGGAGACACUCAACUGCCUUUGCAUUUUGCCUUAAAGAGUGAAAAUCACAUCCUUGUUAGGGUAUCUAAACAGUUUUUGAAUGAAUGUGAUUGGGGCUUGGAAGUUAAUACAAAAAGGAAUCACAUUUUUUUUUUCUGUAAUAUUUGAAUAAGCUUAGUUAUGCCCAGAAAAAUCCAUUUUUAUGUUUUUAGAACAUAAACUGAAUUUAAGGUAAACUACAACUUCUCUGUAGUGUGUUCAAGAUACAUUUUUGAAAUUUAAAAUUAAAAAACAAAUUCUGUCAUACUUGGUUUAAGUGAAAAUAUCUUUUUAAAAGAACAGAUAUAAAUCUCUAGCCUUUUAUUCCGAAUGGAUACACUCUAUCCUGUGCUUUUGAAGUUCAUAAAUUUUAACCUAUUAAGACAAUAAUCAUUAACAUUUCCAGCAAAACCUCUAAUAGCAGGAAAAUGGAGUUCAAAAAGUCCAAGCGAAGAAAAAUUCAGGGUUUCUUAAUUUCACAUAAUUUUUUUUCAACUGGUCCAUACUCUAAUGAUAGUGCACCUGAUACUCUAACUAGAGUGACAUAUAUCCUGAGUUUGCUCAUAAUAGACCUGGUUAUUCCUAUUUUCUCAGCUUAUACAGUGCCUCCUUUCUAGUAAGUGUCCUAAUUUGGAGGAGAUAUUAUAUGAUUGCCCUGUAUAUAACCACACUGUACUGAGAAGUGACUGUCUAAACCCACUACCCUUUGAGAGAAGGAACUGCAGUAUUAGAGCAGGAGCUAAUUACUCUUGUCCCAGCCUUGCCUAGACACCAUUUGUUUGAUGUGUAGAACAUGCAUAGUACGUAUCUUUUCUUUUAAUAGAAGUUGUAUUGGAAUGAUUCCACUUAUGGUAAAUAGUAAACAGUGAGCUUUUAUAUAUUUGAACUGCUAUUAAUUGUUCUUUUAAUUGUUUCAAAUAGUCCUGAAAUACUGGUAUAUUAUUUUUUAAAACCUCCUUCUUGGUAAAAUUCAACUCUUAGAUGAUAAUGUGCCAUUUAUUAUUGAAUGUCCUUGCCCAUAUAUAAAACAUGCUAAUAUGUGUUUUACUUGUUAAUAAAGUUCGAUAAAUGUG